UGUGCUCUUGUGGAGGAACAAAAAGAUAUCAGCGUCUUAUUUGGUGCUACUGCAGUUUGGGUGCUUUUUGAAUGGCUUGACUACAAUUUUAUUCUUUUGCAACAUGGAUUUGCCAGGAACAGGCUAUGGUCGCUAGACGAUGACCCUUCUCCUUUAACCCCAGGUAACAAUCAAUCGACUGCAGAUCUUUUACUGAAAUCAACAGAAGAGGAUUUGAAAACAUGGCCAUACAGGUACUUGGAUAGUUUGUUUAUAUCUUUUAAAUGCAAUAUGGAGUUGCGGCUCCGCAUUAUUGUCGGUGCUGGCAAGCUUACUAUGAUCCCUCGCGUGAGAAAUGUAGAUAACAAGGCCUUUACAUUUACCCUUGCGUUGUGUAAUUAUUUUUCUGUAUCUGAUGUCAGUGAAGUAUGUGUUGAGGGCUUAGAGACGCUGGACUAUUUUGAUAAUCUGUCCAAGAGAGUAAUGUACAGAGAGCAGGCAGACGCCAUUACUUUUGAUGGUGAGAUUGAUCGUGUUUAUUUGAGUACACCUACUAAGAUCGCCAUAAUUGACCAUGAGAAGAAGAGAACAUUUGUCUUACGUAAAGAAGGCACGGUAGAUGCAGUUUUAUGGAAUCCUUGGGACAAAAAGGCGAAAGCAAUUCUCGUUUUGGGUGAUGAAGACUAUAAAACCAUGCUAUGCCUUGAUGCUGCAGCUGUUGAAAAUUUGAUCAGCUUAAAACCUUGUGAAGAUUGGAAAGGUCGUCAAGAGCUGUCUAUAGUUUCCUCAAGUUAUUUCAGUGGGCAGUUGGACCUUUCUAAGGCUAUUAAUGGAUUACAUUGAUCUCCGGAAAUAUUCCAGGUUUCUUACUUGAUCUGCAAUAUUAAUGUUGCUGUUGCCUGCUUAUUACAUUGAUUUGAUGUUUAGGGUUCUUUAGAUAUUUGCAAAAGAAUCUCCUUGUUAUAUAUAACCAUAUUAUUCAAGUUGAUCAGUGAGAAUGUUGGACUUUGCUAUGAUCUGAUCCACCAAGUACACGUGGUAUAAUUAGAUCAAUAAAAUAGCCUCUCUUUUAUAGUUA